AUGACAACAGCAACGUCGCCCCCUCCGUCACAGCAGGCUGUUUCGUCUCCUAACCUCACAGUUCUCCCUCCCAUUGUAACCGACACACCUGUCAGGGUGACGAGUCGCCAGCGAUCGUCAUCUUACGGAAAGGACCGCCUCUCCACAUUCUCCAAUCUUUCUGUAGCCUCGCAGAACCGGUCGAGACCUGGGUCACACGUUUUCCCUAUAUUUCACUCCAGCUUGCCCUAUGCUCUAGUGCGGGAUUUCGCGUAUCCCACUAUCCACCCUUUUCAUUACGGCCCGCUUCCGCCUUCUGCGUCUGGGCUCUCGAGCCCUGUAAGCGAACAUCGGCGGUUGUCCGACCCCCCGGCGUCUUGGGACAGUUCACGUGGCCAAUGGUCAACUCAACCGUGGGGCAGCGAUACUGGUCAUGGACACCAACCGCUUCCAGCGAUGUCGUUUGGCGAUGGUCCUCCUUAUAGCGAAGACGAAGACUUGCACAGUCCCGUGUUCUCUGCGCCGCGCCAUCGUAGAAACAAAUCCACCGGGAGCGACGUGAAUGGAGGAGGCGGCAGGAUAUCCGGUGGUAAUAACUAUACUCGCCAUCUCAGCAUUAUCGGGGACAAUGAGCGUGGUCGUUUGGUCAGCAUGAACGCUGACGGUAGUGAGACCUAUUACGUGAAUGAUGAUGACGACGGGGACGAUGGGCCGGGGGGUGACCUUGUCACCUACCCACCGAACCAGAGUCGAUAUACCUACCUUGGCUCAUAUAAUGAUGAGCAUGGUUACGACAGACAAGCAGGCUUCGAGUCGGAAGAAGACUAUACUGGGACUCACCGGUACUCACGCGAGUUUCAGUUCUCAGUCGGAUGUCCGGAUGAGGAGAUGCACGGGAAAGCGGUUGCACUUUUCGACUUUACUCGUGAGCACGAGAAUGAGCUUCCGUUGACCGAGGGCCAGGUGAUCUUCGUCUCGUAUCGCCAUGGCCAGGGGUGGUUGGUGGCGGAAGAUCCACGAACUGGGGAGAGUGGAUUGGUCCCCGAGGAGUUUGUCCGCUUGGUCCGUGAUAUCGAAGGCGGUCUCACUUCGUUGAAUGGCGAUGAUGAGGCUGAAUAUGAGGAUGAUUACCAUAGUCCGGACUCAACAGACUCCCAGCAGGAAACCACACCGACCACCUACUCGGCGGCUAAUGGGGCCCUGAAGAACCCCGGGAGUGGCAACGAGAAAGAAAGAACGGCAGCUCCGUCAGAGACGGAGCAGUUACCAGUGAAAAGCCAAUAA